AUGAUGUUCAAUAGCCCACAAUAUGAACAGUCAUUCUUCAGUUUGAUCUAUCUAUCUAUCUAUCUAUCUAUCUAUCUAUCUAUCUAUCUAUCUAUCAUCUACCAUGACCAUUUCUUUUCUUUAUCUAUCUAUCUAUCUAUCUAUCUAUCUAUCUAUCUAUCUAUCUAUCUAUCGCAGUCUUUUCCAAUCUAUCUUUCUCACUCUAUUUCUUUCUUUCUUUCUUUUUUUUCCGCCUUUCCUUUCUUCUAUCUAUCUAUCUAUCUAUCUCAUGUUUUUAUCCUAUCUAUCUAUCUAUCUAUCUAUCUAUCUCUAUGCUAUCUAUCUAUCUACGCCUGUUUUAUCUAUCUAUCUAUCUAUCUAUCUAUCUAUCUAUCUAUCUAUCUAUCUAUCUAUCUCGGUCUGUUAAUUAUCUAUGUAAUGUUGUUCCCCUCUAUUUAUCUCAUUUUCUUCCAUUCUAUUGCAUUUUGUCCUAUUUAUCGAUCUCAUUUUCUUCCUAUCUAUCUAUCUAUCUAUCUAUCUAUCUAUCUAAGCCAAAAUUUGGGGUUCAUUGAAGAAGAAGAGAAAGUGAAUAGCACAGUUUGCAAAAAAUAUCUUUUUUCUUUUUCUUCUGUCUGCUUCUCUUCCAUAAUUGGGCUAAUAUCUUCCCUCUUUAUUUCAUUUAUCAUUAUUCAUUUGCUUCAGUCAAUGUUUAUUUUCAUUCACACUUUCGUUCAAUAUUUAUUUCUUUCAUUUAUUCAUUCAUUCUUUCAUUUAUUCAUUCAUUCUUUCUUUCUUCCAUUGUCUUUAUUAUCUGCGACCAACAUAGCUUGCUUUAAUUUUUCUACCGAUAUAACUUUCUUUCUUUCAAUUUUUUUUCGUUCAAUUUUUAUUUUAUUUUUCUUUCUUUCUAAUUUUUUUUCUUUCUUUUUUCUUUCUUUCGUUUUUCUUCCUAUUUUUCUUUCUUUUUUUCUUUCUUUCAUUCUUUCUUUUUCUUUCUCGCUUUCUUUUUUCGUGUCUUUUUAUUUUUCUUUCUUUUUUUCUUUCUAUUUUUUUUCUUUCGUUUCAAUUUCUUUCUUUCCAUUUUCUUUCUUUUUCUUUCUUUCUUUUUCUGUCAUUGUCUUCAUUUCUUUCUUUCUUUUAUUUGAUUAUGAACGAGGUGUUUUUUCUCUCUUUCUUUCCAUAAUUUUUUUCCGUCGUUUUCUAUUGCCUUCUAACAAUAUAUUUUUCUUUCAUAAUUUCAUUCUUUCAAAAUGUUUUUUCUUUUUUCCUUCUUUUCUUCCAAUAUUUUCCACCGUUCUUAAAGUUCUUCCAAUUCCCUUCAUUCCACUCAUUCCCUUUUUCUUUUCUUUUUCUAUAUAUCUUCAUUCACUUCUAAUCUUUUCCUUCUUUAUUCUAUUUUCCAAUAAUGUCUUUCUUUUUUCAUUCUUUCUUUGUUUCUUACUUUCUUUCCUUCUUUAUUUUUCCCAAAGUAUUUCUCUCUUUCUUGCUUCUUCCAACAUUUACUAUCUUUCAUUUUUUAUUUCUUUCAAACAGUACUUUCUUUCUCUCUCAAUCACCUUUCUCUCUUAUUUCUUUUUUUUCUUUCAUUCUUUUCCUUCAUUACUUUCUUUCUUUUUUGCUUUCAAUAUUACUUUUUCCUUUUUUACAAUUUUAAGCGUCAUUCAGUUCAUAUCUAUGAAUAUAUCUAUCUAUCUAUCUAUCUAUCUUAGUUCAUACCUAUCUAUCUAUCCUUUUUUCAUAUCAAUCUAA